AUGGAUUCCGACUCCCACGCCAACUUCCCGAGUAUCCUCAAGGGCAAGAAGAUCCUUCUAGCCACUGAGUCCUGGGGUCCAGUCAACGGGGUCAGUCGUACCACUCGCAGUCUCGUCGAGUACCUCCGCGAUAAUGGCGUCGACCUUAUCCUUGUUGCGCCCGAUUUCAAAGGCGAUACUGCCAAACAGUCUACUCAAGUCUCUGGUGAACGCCGCCUACCCGGUUGCGCCUUGCCUUACAAUCCCGACUUGACCCCCCGCUUCCCUGGGCUUCCAAAUGCUGCUGCAGAUUCGCCAACUGCGCUCCCCACCCCGGUCCUGCUCAACUUCCAAACCGACCUCUCAGCAUAUUCUGAGAUCAUGCUGCCCGCGCCUCUAGAUCGGUUUGGCGUCUGGCUACUGGCUACCGUGCAGGGAUUUCUAUUCCGAACAAGCGCCGUGCGCACUAUCUUCUACCCAUGCUCUGCUAUCCGGGGUUAUCUCGAAGGUGCUGGAGCUCCAGCUGACCGAAUGGUCAAGCUAGGUCGUGGGGUCGACACGACGCUUUUCACGCCAGACCAGCGUGACGCUUCCUUCCGCCGGGAAAUCGCACCUAAUGGCGAAGUCAUUCUUCUCUGCGUGUGUCGCAUCGCCCCAGAGAAAGGCUUCGAGUUCCUCGCGCAGGUCGCGAUGCGCCUUUCUUCGGAAAAGGUUCCCUUCAAGCUGCUCAUCGUGGGUGGGAAUCGCAACCCCGUGGUUGAGAGUCGAGUCCAGCGUCUCUUCGACCCUGUUCGUCGCCAUGUGGAGUUUACCGGCUUUCUGACUGGCGCCGCUCUUGCCCGCGCAUACGCCUCGGCGGACCUCUUCCUGCACUGCUCUGUUACUGAGACGUUUGGUCUGGUCGUCUUGGAGGCGAUGGCUAGUGGGAUUCCCGUUAUCGCGCGCGAUCAGGGUGGGCCCUCGGAUAUUAUACUUCAUGGAAAGACGGGGUAUCUUGUUCCCCCGAACGAUCUCGAGCAAUUCACCUCAUUGACCCGACAGGUGGCUCGUGAUACUGAGCUCCGGAGCUCGCUUUCUGUUGCGGCGCGUCAAUUUGCGGAUGAUACGACCUGGGAGAAGAUCAAUCGUCGUGCAGCGUGGCAGAUGGCUGAUGCUUUGGUCCAGACUGACCAAGAGGCACACGGUUCGAGACCUCCACGACCAACUGUUCUUGCCUCUGCCAUGGAGCAGUUCCGGCUGAUUUUUGCGGUGGCAAUUGUCUAUGGGAUGUGGUUGAUUGCGGUGGUGCCGCUGAUUGUUCAUGGUAAUCGUCUGCUUCCUCGGGCUUGGAUGGCUGUUCGGCGGCAGUUGGUCGCCAGGAUUUGA